UGUUGAUAUUUAAAAUUGAAAGGGGGAAGACUCGAGGACGAAACAUAGCAGCAUCAUCGUUACUCUCUAGCACUUUGCCACCGCCACUAUUCUCCUUCUCUCAAUCCAUGGCAGCAAACGCGCCUCACGCGCUGUUCAUCGUCGCAACCAUCUUCACCCUCCUCUCUUCAUCUCUCACCCUCUCCACCGCCGAAGAAACGGCCUACGACAUCCUCCCCAAGUACGGCCUCCCCAGCGGCCUCUUACCGGACACCGUCACCGGGUACACCCUCUCCGACGACGGCCGAUUCGUCGUCAAUCUGGCCAAGACGUGCUACAUCAAGUUCGACUACAUGGUUUACUACGAGAAGACCAUCACCGGUAAGCUCAGCUACGGCGCCAUCACCGACCUCAAGGGGAUACAGGUCCAGCGGUUGCUGAUUUGGUUCAACGUUGACGAGAUCAGGGUCGAUUUGCCUCCUUCUGAUAGUAUCUACUUCCAGGUUGGGAUCAUCAACAAGAGGCUUGACAUUGACCAGUUCAAAUCUGUUCGGUCUUGCCGCAAAUCCCUAGCUUCUUCUUCCCCUUGCCAUGGAAAUCCAAUCACAUCAUCAGUGCUUCCUGAACCAGUGAAGGAAAUUCCGAUGCUUCUCACGGAGUAGAUGUCAUUUGAUACUGCAGUUUUAUGGCUUGAUGAAAUGACAUUUUAAUCUGUCAGUGUACUACUAUUGCCUCGCAGAGUCAACACUCACCAUUGUGAGUCUGGUUGCGUUAUGUAAUAUCCUUAUGAAACCCUUGAGAACCUAUAAAGUAUAUAUGUAAGUUCUGAGAUUUCAAUUUCA